ACUUGUGUACGUUGGGUGACAAUGUUUCCUACUGAAGAUGCAGAGUAUCUCGUACCGUUGCUUCAGCGACCAAGGCCUAUGAAGAGAAUUUUCAAUGUAUUCCGGGAAGGCAGUCAAGUGAAUCAAAUUCUAUGUGCUUUCUUAAUAUGCAUACCUAUAUAUGGUUAUGGAAACUGUAUAGGAUGGAUGUCUCCGAUGACGCUACUCUUGCAAUCAGAGAAGUCUCCAAAAGGCUUCCCCUUAACCGAUAAUGAAAUUUCCUGGAUGGCCUCCUUGCCAUACUUGAUCUGCGUCCCAGGAACGUACCUAGUAGCAUGGUUAGGUGAUAAAUAUGGGAGAAAAAACACCCUCCUCUUUAUGUCAGCAAUUAAUGCGAUAAUAUGGAUCCUCAAGUUAUGUUCCAUGAAUAUAUGGGUGUUUAUUGUCGCGAGAAUCUUAGUAGGUAUCGUGAUGGCUGGAAGCUGUGUCACUUGCCCCACCUAUAUAAAGGAGAUCAGCGAAGAUAAAAUCAGAGGUGCCUUAGGUUGUUGGGGUGCGCUAUUUUUUACUACAGGCAGCCUUUCUGCCUACAUUAUUGGAGAUAUGUUGAGUUAUGAAGCAAUACUUAUUGUAUUCCUUGCUGUGCCUUUGUUACAUUUCUUGAUUUUUUUGAUAAUGCCGGAGUCACCUUCAUAUCUUAUCAAAAAUGAAAAAGAUGAGGAAGCUACAAAAGCGCUUGUUUGGCUCCGCUGUAGAAAGAUGAAUGACGUUGUGAUACAAGAGGAAAUGAACCGAAUUAAAAGAGAGCAGAAAAAUGAUGAAGGAAAAGGAAAAUUUCUUAUGAAAAAUAUUUUAACUGACAAGAUACUAUUCAGAGCCUUUCAAAUAUCUCUAGUAGCAGCUCUGGCUAGGGAGUUAUGUGGCGCUGUUCCUGUUUUGAAUUUUGCUGGGGACAUAUUCCUUUUAGCCUCAGAUGUGACAGGGGUCGCUCUUAGUCCAAAUCAGCAGGCCAUAGUGUUGGGCGUGGUACAGCUUUGUGGUGCUACCAUGGCUUCUGGUAUCGUCGAAAGGUGCGGUAGACGGCCCCUUCUUUUCAUCACAUGCAUCGUAUCUGGAAUAAGUAUGUGUAUUCUUGCGACCUGGUUCCUCCUUGAUGAGUUUAAUAUAUCUGGUCCAGCUUGGAUACCUGUGCUGACAUUGUGUAUGUGCAUCUUCUGUGACGCAGCUGGACUGAUGCCCAUCUCUGUGGUGAUUGCUGGAGAGACAUUUUCUUUUAAGUAUCGUGGAACAGUCUUGGCGACUACGAUGGCAAUAGCUUCGAUGGCUGAUUUCUUCCAACUACUAUUCUUCAAACCUUUAUCGAAAUCAAUAGGAAUAUACGCGGCAUUUUACUUUUUCGGAGCGAUGUGCUUGAUCACCGCUUUGUAUGUAAUUUUGAUAGUACCAGAAACUAAGAAUAGGAAACUAGAAGAAAUAUACUACGAUUUAAGAACUAAAAAGGAGAAAAGGGAAUUGACAAAGCAGGCGAAUGGAACAACGUACUAAGUAAAUAAGUUGCGUAGUUUUUAAAGACUGAACUAAAACUUUUAACAAUUUGCUCAAUGUUGCAAUUAAUUUUAAUUUAAAAAUAAACAAUGUAUAUUUUUAUUACUCUGAGAUAAGUUUUGAUGCAAUAUAUAGCUUACUUCAGUGUGAUUUUAUUUUACAUAGAAAAAAAUUAAAUCCAAAAAAACAAUGAAACAGGUUAUAAAAGGCAGUUCGAGAUUACUGACACGUGUUAACAGAUCGCAAAUAACACCAAUAAUACAGUUAAACCUUAUAUGACAGUGGUGAUGACCUUAUAUUUAACCAAUGUUUUCGUGGGACCCAAAGGUAUGUGAACUAAGUUUAAGGUGUUUGCUUCAGCUGCAUCUCUUAGAAGACUUAGAGACUGCACAACAUUCUUCAUAUUCCCACUAAAAUUUCACUAGUAAAUAAUCUUGAUUAUGUCAAAAGAAGACUUUUAUAAAAGACAUGCUUAUUCAUUGAAAGGAUUUCAUCCAGCAACCCAAGAAGAAAAAAUGUAUAUAGACAAAUAAAUAAGAUGUAGACGAGUAAUUCUAUAAAACCUUGAUUAAAAUUUAAGGUGAAUAUCUGAGUCUCCGUCUCACCCCGUCUGUCUAUAUCAACGGUUUUAUGGCUGAUUAUUUUUUGUUCAGAUAUUUUUAAUUGCAAUUUUGUGACGAAAAUCCCUCGUUAAUUAAGUAUUCUGUCAAACGGUAAUCUCAUUAUUUACACAUAAUUUAUGCUCGUAACUGAUACAUACGUAACACAAAUUUAUUCGAUUUUAUUAUUUAUAGAAAUUCUCUAAACGCAAUUUUAAUUGCCUGCGUUAUCAGCUUUCCAUUUAACGCGCUUGGAAAUAUU